CAUCUCUCUCUCUCUCUCUCUAUAACCGAACCAACAAACAAGGUCGCACCCACCAUUUCUAAUUUCUGCAACGAGCGAAAGCAGAACAAAUCCCCAGCUCCACGCGAAUCUUCCCGGGAAUCAAGUUCUCUCUCUCUCCCUACAAAGAUGCAGAGACAGUUAGUCAUCCACUUCCCGAUGACAAAUAAUCAUUCGAUUCGGUCCGCAUCCGAAUCGACGAAGACCACCCAGUGCAGAUGAUGCUUCUGCUCGAGGUGGACCAACGGUGGCCAUGGUGGUGAUGACGUCAUCGUUAUCGUCGCUUAGAUGCCUCUGCUCGCAACCGAAUCGCCAACGUGGAAUCGCUCACUGCUGCCGCUGCUGCUGCUAGCACCCGAUUCCGAUUCCGAUUCCGAUUCCGUUUCCGUUUCCGUUUCAUCUUCUGCCUCCUCGCCUCCACGCGUGUGGUCUGCAUUAUUCCCGAGGCGAGGACGGAGAUGCCUGUGUAAAUAUAGCCACCAGUCCUCAUUUCCCUUCCACCAUGCGAGUCCCGAAGAAGCCCGUCUCCUUUUGCCUCUCUCUCUUCCCUCCGCUCUCGCCUCUCGGCUGCGACUCUCGCGUCUGGUUCGGCUCGCGCUGUCUCUCGAGGCCCGCGCGCUUCUCCGUUAGGAGGAGAGGGAUUCUCACUUUAGGAGCCUGUCAGUUGCAUGCAAGUUACUCGAUGGACGGGAUUCAUGCAACCACUGUUGAUGACAGGACUUUAGACUGUUCACAGAUGGGCAGUUUUGAAAAUAAUGGUUUGAAGCCGUGCAUAUGGUCAGCUCCAGAAGGAGGACAGAAGAUUGACAUAGCACAGCAGAUCUUUUGCAACAGAUCAUUGAAUAUGAGGAAUAUUGUUGCCGUGGGGUUUGACAUGGACUACACUUUGGCUCAAUACAAGUCUGAUACUUUUGAGUCCCUUGCUUAUGAAGGCACAAUCAAGAAACUGGUCUAUGAUUUGGGAUACCCUAUCGAGUUGUUGGAAUGGUCCUUUGAUUGGAAGUACAUGGUGAGGGGAUUGGUUCUUGAUAAGAAGAGAGGCAACAUCUUAAAGAUGGAUAGGCAUAAAUAUGUGAAAGUAGCCUACCACGGGUUCAGAGAGUUAAGUAAGGAAGAGAAAGUCAGCACCUAUGGCAAUACUCUGAUACGAGAUUCUUUUGAUGAGCCAGACUAUGCCCUUAUUGAUACCCUGUUUUCGCUAGCUGAAGCUUAUUUGUUUGCACAACUAGUUGAUUUUAAGGACAAGAAUCCUGGAAAGAUUGCAGAAGGCACCAACUAUGCUCAUAUGUACAAAGACGUUCGAGCUGCAGUUGAUUUGUGUCAUCGAGAUGGGACUUUGAAGCAAAUGGUUGCAAAAGAUCCUAAAAGGUAUAUCAAUGAGGAUGCAUGCAUAGUACCUUUGCUCAAAAUGCUCAGGGAUUCUGGACGUGCAACAUUCUUAGCAACGAACAGUUUAUGGGACUACACGAAUAUUGUAAUGAAUUAUCUUUGUGGUCUCCAUACAUCAGGGGGUAAUACCUCCUGCAAUUUUGACUGGCUCCAAUACUUUGACGUCGUCAUCACCGGCAGUGCAAAGCCUAGCUUUUUCCAUGAGGAUAAUCGGGCCAAUCUUUUUGAGGUUGAACCUGAGUCCGGGAUGCUGCUUAAUACUGAUAAUGGCACUCCAAUGCCUCAGGUAGGAGACACUGUGCCAAGAUUGAUGUUGCAGCCAUCAAAUAAGGGUUGCAGAGUUUUUCAGGGAGGAAAUGUUGGUCAUCUUCAUAAACUACUGUCCAUUGAGUCAAGUUCACAGGUUCUUUAUGUUGGGGAUCACAUCUAUGGGGAUAUAUUGCGCAGUAAAAAGGUCCUCGGUUGGCGUACGAUGCUUGUUGUUCCGGAGCUUGAAAGGGAGGUUAAACUUCUAUGGGAAUUAAGGGACAGCCGCAAGCAACUCAGGUUAAUGAGGAAUGAGCGGGAUCAUAUUGAAGAUAAAAUCCAUCAUCUAAAGUGGUCUCUCAAGUUUGAAAGUGUUAAUCCUGAAGAGAAGCGAAAGUUAUCCUCCGAUGUGGAAGAACUGGAGUCUCUAAGGAAUCAAGUGCGCCUCAGCCAUCAACUGGCUCAAAGAGAUUGCCACCAUAAGUUUCACAAAGUCUGGGGACAACUUAUGAAGACUGGAUAUCAGAACUCCCGCUUUGCCCAUCAAGUCGAGAGAUUUGCCUGCCUCUAUACAAGCCAAGUAUCAAACUUAAGCCUGUACUCACCGGACAAAUACUACAGACCCAGCGAAGACUUCAUGCCUCAUGAGUUUGAUAUUCUUCCCCUGUGAAUUUUUAGGCCUUGCCUGUUGAAUCUUGGGACCAAAGUGAACCCAAACGAAUUAAUUUGCUUCUGGGAAAGCAAGAUCUCCACAGCCUAGUGCUCACGAGGUUUGAGUUCUCUCUAACUGUAGUGGUAUGGGAAUGUAGUCUUAAUUGUACAUUUAGAAGCAUUGCAGUCUCCUUUCCCUGUAAUCUCAAGACAGCAGCCCCAACUUUUAUGAAAGAAAUGGCUUUAUGAA